AUGGUCGAUCCCUCGCGCGUGAUCUUUUCGCGACCGCGCAAACGCAUCGUUUCACCACGGUCACUGAAGCGCUUUGAAGGAAGCGAAGUGUUCGACGAGCUGCUGAGCUUCAUCAGCUUGCUCAACGACGCCGUUAUCGGCAAGAAGCUGCACGAUCAAAACGUUGUACAGAGCGAGCCCAUCCGGGCACUGUUGAAGCUACUGGCGCAAGUAAGUGCGCUCUUGGAUGAGACUCCCGCAGACAAGUCGUCUGGCUCGCGCUUUGGUAAUUCGGCGUUCCGGACGUUCUACAACAAAGUCAAGGACGUCAUGGGCCCGCUGCAUGCGCUCAUUCCUGGCUUGCCGCUUGCUGCGGUCGAGGAGAUCAGCGUCUACCUUGAGGAGAGCUGGGGAAAUGAGAAGAGAAUUGAUUACGGCAGCGGGAUGGAGCUGAACUUUGCUUGCUGGUUGCUAUGUUUGGUCAAGCUAGGGGUCCUCACCGUAGAGCGUGAUGCGCAAGCGCUGGUCAUGAGUGUGUUUUGGCAGUACAUCACAGUCAUGCGAAAGAUCCAAAGCACGUAUUGGCUCGAGCCUGCUGGUAGCCAUGGCGUCUGGGGUUUGGACGACUAUCACUUCUUGCCGUUCUUGUGGGGAUCUGGACAGCUGCAAAAUCACAAGCAUUUGAAACCUAAGUCGAUUCACGAUCCAGAGAUCCUGGAUGAGUUCGCAGAGGAUUACAUGUACUUUGCUUGCAUCAAGUUCAUCAACUCGAUCAAAACCGCUUCCCUCAGAUGGCACUCGCCGAUGCUCGACGACAUCUCCGGCGUCAAGACAUGGGCCAAGGUCAACGAAGGCAUGCAGAAGAUGUAUCGGGCCGAAGUCCUGCUAAAGCUGCCCAUUGCACAGCACAUUUUCUUCGGCUCAUUGCUCGCUUUCCCCGAAGCAAUAGCCGGCGAGGAGGCAGAGGAAGGCGAGGCAGAGGAAGACGAGCACGGGCACAUCCACUCAAAGCAUGGGCACGGUGAAGGACAAGCGGCCGGCUGGGGCGAUUGCUGUGGAAUUCCUAUCCCGAGUGCCUUCGCUGCUGCUGCCGCUGAGAAGGAAAAGUCUGGCUCGAACGCAGCGAGCGCGUACGCGCAAGGCGCUAAGCCUUCGCAACCCGCAGUGCGAAGGAUUCCUUUCGAUUGA